AUCGACUCUCUAUCAACAGUCGUACCGUCAUAAAAAAUUCGUCAACUUUGAACUUUUUCUUCCUGAAAGUUAACGCAUCAAAUCAAAAACCUUAAAAACUACUUCUUCAACCUAACACUUUUAAAUUUUCAUUUUCAUUAUUGUUCCAUCAAUAAAUUGGCAAACAUUUUCCCCUUUAGUUAAUUUUUCUGAAGUUAGGGUUUCAAUUUCUCUAGAGAAGAACUAUGUUGGAUUCGCAAAGUUGGCCGGCGAUGGAUCUGAUGAGAUCAGAAGAAAUGCAUUUGGUGCAGCUAAUUAUUCCUAUCGAAUCUGCUCAUCGUACCAUUUCUUAUCUCGGUGAUCUUUCCGUUUUCCAAUUUAAAGAUCUUAAUAUUGAAAAGAGCCCCUUUCAGAGGACUUAUGCCGCUCAGAUAAAAAGAUGUGCAGAAAUGGCGCGUAAGAUAAGGUUUUUUAAGGAGCAAAUGACAAAAGCUGGUUUAGUGUCCUCAACAAGUUUUUUUUCUAGAGAUAAUGUACAAAUGGAUGCAUUAGAGGUGAGGCUUCGUGAACUUGAGGCUGAGAUUUUAGAGAUGAAUGCCAAUAGUGAGAAGUUACAACACUCAUACAAUGAGCUGAUAGAAUAUAAGCUCGUUUUGAUGAAGGCAUCUGAGUUUUUUCAUUCGGCUUUUAGUACAGCAGCUCAGUGGACAGAAAAUGAAGCUCUUCGCUUGGGUGACAGAUCAAUGGAUAGUCCUUUAUUACGAGAACAAGAAAUGAUGGUCGAUCCAUCAAAACAUGUUAGGCUUGGAUUCAUCAGCGGUCUGGUCCCUAAAGAAAAAUCUAUGGCAUUUGAGAGAAUUCUUUUUCGAGCAACCAGGGGUAAUGUUUUUCUGAAGGAAGCAAUGCUUGACCAUCCUGUUGUCGAUCCAGCAUCAGGUCAAAAGGUUGAGAAAAAUGUAUUUGUGAUCUUCUAUUCUGGAGAGAGGGCAAAAAACAAAGUAGUGAAAAUAUGUGAAGCUUUUGGAGCAAAUUGUUACUCAUUUUCUGAUGACCCAGAAAAGCAACAACUGAUGAUGAAAGAGGUCACUGCAAGACUAAAUGAGCUAAAGACUACUAUAGAUGUUGGUCUUGUGCACCGUGACAAUGUUUUAAGUACCAUUGGAUCUCAAAUUGAAGAAUGGAACCAUUUGGUUAAAAAGGAGAAAUCCAUUUAUCACACCUUGAAUAUGCUCAAUGUAGAUGUGACAAAGAAGUGCCUAGUUGCAGAAGGUUGGUGUCCAGUUUUUUCUACUAAAGAGAUUCAAGAUACACUGCGAAAGGCAACAUUUGACACCAACUCACAAGUUGGGUCUAUUUUCCAUAUUUUGCCAAAGAAGGAAUCGCCACCAACUUAUUUUCGUACAAACAAAUUUACGAGUGCUUUCCAAGGAAUUGUAGAUGCAUAUGGUGUUGCCAAGUACCAGGAAGCAAAUCCUGGUGUGUACACAAUCAUUACCUUUCCUUUUCUGUUUGCUGUAAUGUUUGGUGAUUGGGGCCAUGGCAUUUGUUUGCUUUUAGCAACAUUGUAUUUGAUCAUGAGGGAAAAGAAGUUCUCCAGCCAGAAACUUGGAGAUAUUAUGGAGAUGGCGUUUGGUGGUCGCUAUCUAAUUAUGAUGAUGGCUUUAUUCUCUAUAUACACGGGACUGAUCUAUAAUGAAUUCUUUUCGCGUCCAUUUGAAAUGUUUGGACCCUCUGCCUAUGCAUGCAAUGAAACGUCAUGCCGGGAUGCUUCUACAUCUGGUUUGAUAAAAGUACAUGAUACUUACCCAUUUGGAGUAGAUCCUGUUUGGCAUGGUAGUCGCAGUGAGUUGCCUUUCCUUAACUCUUUGAAGAUGAAAAUGUCGAUUCUUCUUGGAGUGGUGCACAUGAACCUUGGAAUCUUGUUGAGCUAUUUUAAUGCCAAGUUCUUCAAAAAUGACCUGAAUAUAUGGUAUCAGUUUGUUCCCCAGAUGAUUUUUUUAAACAGUCUAUUUGGCUACCUUUCACUUCUCAUUAUUGUCAAAUGGUGCACUGGUUCUAAAGCUGAUCUUUAUCAUAUACUAAUAUACAUGUUCCUAAGUCCAACUGAUGAUCUUGGGGAGAAUCAGCUAUUUUUUGGUCAGAAGUUUCUUCAGAUCUUGUUGCUUUUUCUGGCUCUCAUAUCUGUACCAUGGAUGCUAUUUCCUAAGCCUUUUCUAUUGAAGAAGCAACAUGAAGAACGGCACCAAGGUCGUUCAUAUUCGCUUCUUGAUGAUGCUGCUGAUUCUUUGAAUUUUGAAAUGGAGCACGAUUCACAUGUACAUGAUGAAUUUGAAUUCAGUGAAAUUUUUGUUCACCAAUUAAUACACACCAUAGAAUUUGUGCUCGGAGCGGUCUCGAAUACAGCUUCAUAUUUGCGAUUGUGGGCUCUCAGUCUUGCACAUUCAGAACUCUCGAGUGUUUUCUAUGAUAAAGUGUUGCUUUUGGCCUGGGGGUAUAACAACAUCGUGAUCCUGAUCAUCGGGAUAACUGUAUUUGUAUCUGCCACUGUUGGUGUCCUAUUAGUGAUGGAAACUCUUAGUGCAUUCCUUCAUGCUAUGAGACUUCAUUGGGUAGAAUUUCAGAAUAAGUUCUUUGAAGGAGAUGGUUACAAGUUCCAACCAUUCUCAUUUGCAUCCCUUGAUGACGAUGAUGAGUGAUGCUGUUGGCACCAAUGUACCAUGCUUCUUUUUGAAGCUCAUUUGUUUCAAGCCGAAGAGGCAUACACCUUUGGCAACCUCGUCACCCUGCUAUAUAUGUGCUGUGGAGGUCUGGUUGCCGUAGCUUUCUGGUUGUUGACUAAUUAUUGCAGAUUAUGUUAAACUGGCGUCACUAGGUGAGAAUUCCUCCUACAAAUCAAGCAUACCGGAAAUCUUCCUCGCAUACAAAUACGUGCUAGAAGUGUGUUAUAUUAUACAUGUAUGUUGUACCAUUUAUAUCUUUACCUGCAAAAUGUUGUCAUAUUCCACCAAUUUGCUAGUUAGUAGAAAAAUGAUAGUUUUGAUCAGUUAUGUAAAGUUCUAUAGGCUACAGCAGAGUGCUGAAUCUAACCAUUCUUACCCUAUUUUUUGUAACUAAUUCCUUCCUUCCCUUUUGACACCAUAGUAAACUGCUCCUAAGAUUUGUAUUGUACGAAUUCAUAUACAAAUGGCAGUAAUUAAAUCAAUUUGGCAAUAAGUGCAAUUCUCAGUUCUAUCAUUCUGCAAUAUUUCUACCUUACAUGUUCAUGAAGCAAGGCCUCAGUAAUCAUUAGGAAGACUACAUGCAGCCUAGCCGGUGAAAGUAAAAGGUUCAUGUCUAAAACAAAACCCCAACAAAUAAUAUUAAAUUUGUUCUCUAAACAACAUUAAAUUUAAAUAAAAUAGAAUUGAAUGAGUAAAUAUUUACAUAAUAUUCCUGUUUUAUUUCCUACUGGAAUGUCUCUAAGCUCUACAACGAUUCAAAUUUAAGACAAGUUGCGAUAAAGUUUUGUGAUUAGUUACAUAAGAUUCCAGGUAGGUGCAAGGCGAGCAAAAUUGUCUUUAUAUCUGCAAGGGGACAAUACUUCACCAAAUUGGUAGCUAUUUGCUCUUCAUCUGUAGAUACAACACUAAAGUUGGCCACUGUUGCAGCAACCUUGCUUUAGUGGACAGGCACCACAAUCAGUGUCAGUGUAAGGAUGGUCUUCCACCAGCUGAAUACCACCAGCUACCCACCACCACUGCAGCCAGCAUCACCUGGGUUGCGUUCUUGGGAUCGCACUGAACUGUACUUAUUGUCAAUGCUAACAUAUAAAAAUCAAUUGGUGAUUGAAAGAAGAGUUCCAAUGACUUCAAAAUUGUGCACACAUCUUUAUUUCAUCAAUGUGGGACAAAUCAUGCAAGAAUGUUAUUAACAUAUCAUAACAACUUCUGCCCAUCCAUAAAGAUUAUACAAUUUAGAAUUGGUCAAUUAAAAGACAUCUCUAUCUUAGCAACAUUAUACAAUCAUCAAAAGACUAAGCAUUAGCAAUCAUUCAUGGAAGAAUGCUGAAAAAGCAGUGUGCUUCGCAAAAUAGUCCAUUCUUAAUAGUCAUCAAGGGUUUUGUCGGAACUUGCAACACUAAUGCCAACUGAAUUAUAAUGUAUUUACUUGAUUUAUAAGAUAAGUUCAAAAAGAGUUGAAGUUUAAUAAAUUUCAAAAAAGGUAGCCCAAGCUGAUUUUCAUGCACUAAUUAAGAUUAUCAAAGCUAAUUAUGCCCCACAAAUAUAAUUUUAAAAUGUUAGAAACUAAUUUUUUGCUUUCCCUUUUGACACCAUUGUAAUUGCUGCUAACAUAAGUAUACUAUGAAUUCUUAUAGAAUUGCCAUUAAUUAGACCAAUGUGUG